GGCAGCGCCCACGAUGCCCCCACCCCCGACCAGAAUAAACCUCUGGAUCGCUGCCCGCAAGCAACUUUCGGGCAGCCGCCUCAUCAUGCGCUCGCCAGGCCCGGUGUUGCCUGCUCGCCAUCCGCCUCCAUACAAAACCACCGCGCGCGCGCCGCCCGUCGCGCAGCGCAGAGCCCCGUGCACACGGACACACGCUCCGUCGCUCCCCGGCCGUCUCCUCCCUCUCGGUCUGUCGAGACCGUAGCUAUUCAGCUCCCCCGUUCACUCGCUGCUCCAACUGCCUCCGCUGGUGCAACUAGUUAAUGACCCCAAGGUCGUAGCUUUGGUGUGCGGCGGCUGCGCUCGCACCGCCACGGCUCAGCGCCCCCGCCGGCCGCGGGCGCGCGCGCACGUUUCGUGCGCGGGCGGGAUGGACUCCGGCAACAGCGCCAGUCUGCAGUCGUCCAGCGGCGGCGGCGGCGACGAGUACGACGCGGCGUGCGGCGGGGGACCCGCAGCCGCCGACUCCUCCUCGCCGCUCUCCGCGCUGCUCCGCCACCACCACCCGGACUUCGGCGGCGGCACGGCGUCGCUGAUCUACGGCCUCGAGGAGCUCGGCGCGCCGCCGCUGUCGCACUGGUGCCCGGCGACGGCGCCCCUCCCGCAAGCCGUCGCUGGCGCCCCGGCCUCGCCGCCGUGCCAUGGCGGUCCGGCAGCCUCCGCGCCUGCGGCCGACCACGCGGCCGCGGCGACGGCGGCGGCCCAGCCGGCCCAGCAGGCGCGGGGGUCGAGGAAGCGAGCCCGCGCGUCGCGCCGCGCUCCGACGACGGUGCUCACCACCGACACCUCCAACUUCCGCGCCAUGGUGCAGGAGUUCACCGGCAUCCCCGCCCCGCCCUUCGCCGGCGCGUCGCCCGCCGCGCGCGCCCGCCUCGACCACCUCUUCCCCUCCCGCUCCUCCUCCGCGCUCCCGCAGUACCUCAUCCGCCCCUUCGCACACGGCAAGCUACACGCCCAAACGCCCCCCGCGUCCUCGCCGGCGCCGGCCUGCGCCGCCAUUGCGGCUUUCACCGCCGCCCAUGCAGGCGCCACGGCCGUGGCGUCCGGCGACGACAGCUACAGCCAGCAGCUCACAGCAGCCGCGCCGCCCGCUCUUCUUGGGAUGCAAGGUCACGGCAUCUGCGGCAGCAACAGCUACCUCUCCUUCCAGGGCGCCGUCGGCGCGCAGCUCGACGACGGCGGCGGCGCCAACAAGUACCCCUUGUUCGACGACCGCGGCAGCGUAGCGCCGUCGUCCGCCCCGAGGCCGCAGGACCCGGCGGGCUUCCUGGGCCUCGCGCGCAGCAGCAUCGCGAGCUCCGAGGGGGCGCGCCCGCACCUGCACCCGCGAAACGGUGGCCGCGGCGACGAGCUGUCCGGCCUGGUCGGCGGCUGCAAGGAGACCUACUCCUCGGCGCCGCCUCCGCCGCUGGAGCGCAAUGGGCGGAUCUCGCCGGCCAGCGGCGUCUCCACAGCAGCGACGACGACGCCGGUGGCGGCGGCCAUGCGAACUCAAGGCGCGGACUCGUGGGUGUGCGGUACAUCAGAGUAGCUAGCCUACUGAUUCGCUUUCUCCUCUCCAAGAAUCCAAUCGAGUACAUGACGAGAGAUCAGUCAGAUUUAAUUUCGCGCCGUAUUUAGUUCCAAAAAUCAAAAUUCCAAUUUUUUU